AUGAAGGUCCCCUUCGGAUUGAUAGUUCGCUCCUCCGAGUUUGUAAAAACUUUAUAUUUGUUUGGAAAAUCUGAUAUCCCUGCCGCCACUUUGCCUCCAAUGGCCAUUGCCCUUGUGCUCGCUGGACCUUCAGGCUUCUACUUGAUCGCGAAGGGGUUCCUUUGGAAUCAAUUACAUUUGCUUACUUUCCAAGUCAAAAAUCAGAUCAACGGCGUGGAAGAAGACAGAAUCGCAAAACCGCAUCGGCCUCUACCAUCCGGUCGUAUAUCGCCAGAGAGUGCAACCAUACUCUACUACAUUCUAUUUACGUCGAUGUGGGUUGCAGCCUUUUAUACAAAGACGAUCCCAUGCACUAUAACCUACUCGGUGGCCAUCGUGAUCUACAACGAAGGGGGCCUGGCUGCGAUACCCGUCGUGAAAAAUGUUAUCGGUGCCAUAGGUCUGGCAUGUUACUGUUGGGGAACCACUAUCAUACUCGAUCGUGGAAGGGAGCUGCACGGUUUGAAGGCAAUGGCUACGUUUAUGAUGGGUACUAUAUUUGCCACCACUGGUCAUGCCCAAGAUUUCCGUGAUCGUUCCGCCGACGCUCUAAUGGGUCGCAAGACGAUCCCGCUGCUGCUCUCCCAGCCGGUGGCCCGCUGGUCACUCGCCGCCUUGAUCACAGCUUGGACGAUAGGUCUAAUCGCUUUAUGGCGGCCACCGCUUGUGGCUAGUAUUGCAUUCGCUGCCCUAGGUCUACGGUGCCUAGGUGGCUAUGUUUCUAGCUAUGACGAGAAAGACGAUUAUGUAUCGUACUGUUGGUAUGGUGUGAGUGAAGUCCGCUACCCUCAGCUCAAAAUUCAAGUGCUCACAAUUACCUCAACAGUUCUGGCUUCUUGGGAGUAA